AUGCUAGGGAAUAAUGUUUCCCUCUUUUUGGGAGUCAUCGAAAUGAUGAUUUUUGCGAAUAUCUUCUACGGUAUUCCUUUCGUUCAGCGAAUCUUCACGGGUCAGAAAAUUUUCAUGGAGGAAUACUGCACCGUAACUGAAAGCAGUGCUGGGGAAUACUGCCCAGAGGCGAGUGCGAUGGUGGGAACGAUGUGGACGAUUGGAACGAUCUUCUCUUGCUCAGGGCCGAUCAUUUUCGGAACUUUGCAGACACUCAUUGGGAGUCAUUGGACACGAGUCAUCGCUGGUUCCCUGACUUCUACUGGCCUUCUACUGAUGUCUUUCUACGAAUCAAGCGCUUACUACUUGCUUGUCGGUGUCACCUUCGUUGCAUUCCCCUCCAUUUCAUACAUCAUUCUUAACAGCUUCGUCGCACCAGUGUAUAAAUCCAUCACAACUCCGUUGAUCGUCAUGAUUCCAGGCUUGAUCAAUUCGUCUGCAACAUCGAUGCUGGUCGCGAAAAAGCUCUAUGAAGCUGGACUUCCCUUGAAUAAAUAUUUUCUGAUUCUUUUUAUCUUGUCUUUUGUGAUUCACAUCAGAACACUCUUCUUCAUCCCUUCAGUUCCAAUCCCAAAACCUCUCGAGCCGCCUGAGCAGCCACCUGGUUAUGUCGAGCCGAAAUUCAACAUGAUGAAAAGCGCAAUCGCCGUGGAACUCUUCUGCAAAAACAAGAAGGAGAAAGAAAUCGAAAAGGAAAAUCCACCAGCAGCUCAAAAACGACCACCAAUAAGAGAUCAUUUGCCUCAGAUGAAAAACUGGAUCUACCCGAUUUACGGGGUUUACUACACGAUUAUUACUUUUAGAAUAAACACGAUCAAAGGCUGGAUGACGUCCUGGAUCCAACAUGCCUACAGAUCCCUCAAGUGCAGUGACUUCCAAGAAAGAUUCUCUGAUGAAGACUGUCUCGGCGAAAUCGAGAAUUCGAUCACUUUCCUAAUCGACAUCAAUGGCUACACAUACUUUUUCCUCGCCGUGAUUCCAUUUCUUCCAGCCUUUUUGAUCAAAUUCUUUGCCCGGCGAUACCCAAAAGACUAUCAUUUUGGGGAGCUGCGAACAAAGCUGAAUGCGUUGUUGAUUCAAAUGACAUUCUGCAUCGCUGUCACGAUUGGUUGUUCAAUCAUGAUGACCUACCAAGCUUCUGCUCCCGAUUCUAGAGCUCUUGCUCUGACCCUCAUUUUCUCUCCCUCGUAA